AUGGCAGUGCGCGGCCUUGGCAAUUUGGUCAUUGGAGCGCCAGAGAAGCUGCACAAGCACAAAGAAGCCAUCUUGAACACACUGCGGAGGAGCCUGGAGGACGUGGCCUCAGUGGAGGUUGUGGCAGAGAGCCUGCUGGCACUGGCAAAGGUGGUGACUGAGCUCAAAGGGAAGGCUGUUGGCUCUGCCUUCAGAGAGAUCACCAGAGUUGCAGAGACCUUCUUUGAGACUGAGCAGGCGUCUUUACGCUCAGCAUCCUUCACCCUGUACGGGGUGCUGGCUGCCUCUGCUACAAGUAGGUGGAGGUCCUUCUUCGCAGAAGAACUGAAAAAUACUUGGGCCAUCCUUGUCCUUCACCUCCGGGACCCAGACCCGGGAGCCUCCCUGCUGUGCGCCCCGUUUCUGGAGCAGAGGAGAUUGCGGCAGAGCAUCGCCACCAACACGAAGCUGAAUGCAGCCGAGCUGCAAGACAACAUCUGCAGCCAGUUGGCUCAGGAGAGCCCUGAGCACCAACAGGCACUGUACGCCGCUACCAAACGCUGUGUCCUGAGGAGCCGCGGGGAGCUGCAGGCUGCGGCCCUCAAUGUUGCUGCCGCCCUCGUGGAGCACAUAGGCACUGAGCAGCUGCCGGCAGAAGAAGAGAUGCUCCCCUUGGCAG